AAAUGACGAAGAAAAUGAAAAGGCCCAAAUUCACUGUGCCUCAGAUCAGUUGUGAUGUGAGAGCUGGGAAGAUAACGAAUGUCGAGUUCAUCGUGAAGUGUCCGCCAGGAUGCCAAGACCCCAGGUACCACGUUUACGGCACUGACGUCUACGCUUCCUAUUCUAGCGUGUGCGGCGCUGCAGUUCACAGUGGUGUGCUUGAUAAUUCAGGAGGGAAAAUACUUGUUCGGAAAGUGGCUGGACAGUCUGGCUAUAAAGGGAGUUACUCCAACGGUGUCCGCUCAUUAUCCCUUCCACGAUGGAGAGAAUCCUUUGUCAUCUCAGAAGGUAAACCCCAAAAGGGUGUAACCUACCCAUCGUCUCUUACAUAUUCAUCAUCUAAAAGCCCAGCUGCCAAAGCAGGUGAGACCUUAAGAGCAGAUCAGAGCCCAUCAGGUCCAGAGACAGCAGCACAGCCAGUCACUGUGACGCAGGUACCGGGGACCACUGCCGUCGAGGCCACCCACACCACCCUGCUAAAGCCCUCCCCAUCUGCAGACUCUACCACCAGCGGCCUCCGACCACAGCCCGCAGGCCAGAGAAGCAAGGACCUGGAUCUCUGGUCCACCACCACCUACAAAUCAAAAACCACUACCUAUAUUAACAGCCAAAAUAGCCCCCAAGCUAAUCCAGGGGAACCUGCCUUGUGGAAACCUGAAUCAGUCCUUCUCGAUGCAGGAUUUGUUCCAAAAGAAGAAUUAAGCACACAGUCUUUGGAGCCAGCAUCCCAGGGAGAUCCAAGCUGCAAAGUUGACUUGUCGUUUUUAAUUGAUGGGAGCUCGAGCAUCGGCAAACGUCGAUUCCGAAUCCAGAAGCAGUUUCUGACUGACGUCGCCCAGAUUCUUGACAUCGGCCCUGCCGGUCCACUAAUGGGUGUUGUUCAGUACGGAGACAAUCCUGCUACCCAGUUUAAUCUCAAGACUCACAUGAAUUCCCAGGAUGUGAAGGCAGCCAUAGAGAAGAUUUCUCAGAGAGGAGGGUUGUCUAAUGCAGGCCGGGCCAUCUCCUUUGUGACCAAGAACUUCUUUUCCAAAUUUAAUGGAAACAGAGGUGGUGCCCCCAAUGUGGCCGUGGUGAUGGUGGAUGGCUGGCCCACGGACAAGGUGGAGGAGGCCUCAAGGUUUGCGAGAGAGUCAGGAAUCAACAUUUUCUUCAUCACCAUUGAAGGUGCCUCUGAAAAUGAGAAGCAGUACGUGCUGGAGCCCAACUUUGCAAACAAGGCUGUGUGCAGAACCAAUGGCUUCUACUCACUCACCGUGCAGAACUGGUUCAGCCUCCACAAGACCGUGCAGCCCCUGGUGAAGCGGGUUUGUGACACCGACCGACUGGCCUGCAGCAAGACCUGCUUAAACUCGGCUGACAUCGGCUUCGUCAUCGACGGCUCCAGCAGUGUGGGGACCAGCAACUUCCGCACGGUCCUCCAGUUUGUGGCCAACCUCAGCAGGGAGUUUGAGAUUUCAGACACGGAUACACGGAUUGGGGCCAUGCAGUACACCUACGAGCAGCGGCUGGAGUUUGGGUUCGAUGAGUACAGCACCAAAUCUGACGUCCUCAACGCCAUCAAGAGGGUGGGCUACUGGAGUGGAGGGACCAGCACAGGAGCUGCCAUCAACUAUGCCCUGGAACAGCUCUUCAAGAAGUCCAAGCCCAACAAGAGGAAGCUAAUGAUUCUCAUCACUGACGGGAGGUCCUAUGACGAUAUCCGGAUACCGGCCAUGCUUGCCCAUCACAAGGGCGUGAUCACCUAUGCCAUAGGUGUGGCGUGGGCUGCCCAGGACGAGCUGGACAUCAUCGCCACUCACCCUGCCAGGGACCACACCUUCUUCGUGGACGAAUUUGACAACCUCUACAAAGUGGUCCCCAAGGUCAUUCAGAACAUCUGCACAGAGUUCAACUCACAGCCUCGGAACUGAGUUCAGAGCAAGCCGAGCACCAGCAAAAGCUGCUCUCCCGACUGGCUCUGGGAUGACCCCCAACACUUUACAGGGCACACGUGGGACAGCCAGGAAGGCAGGGCUUGCAAACCACGUCUUGUUAUUUUUC